AUGCCGCUCUCGUGUCGUUACUACUCCAAUAAAUUUCCUGAAGUGGAAGAUGUUGUCAUGGUUAAUGUUCGCUCAAUUGCAGAAAUGGGGGCUUAUGUGAAUUUACUGGAAUAUAACAACAUCGAAGGAAUGAUUUUAUUAAGUGAAUUAUCACGCCGUCGAAUUCGUUCCGUCAAUAAGUUGAUCCGCAUUGGUCGUAACGAAUGCGUAGUUGUAAUUCGUGUUGAUAAAGAGAAAGGAUAUAUUGAUUUAUCCAAGCGUCGAGUAUCACCGGAAGAAGUGAAAAAAUGCGAAGAAAAAUUUGCUAAAGCUAAAGUGGUUAAUAGCAUCCUACGUAACGUAGCUCAAUCACUAAAUUAUGAAACAAACGAGCAAUUAGAAGAACUAUACACUAAAUCAGCUUGGUAUUUUGAUGAGAGGGAUAAGAAGCCCGGAGUUGGUUAUGAAUACUUUAAACGUGCUAUAAGUGAUACCAGUAUCGUCGAUCAACUUGACUUGGAUGAUGAUGUCAAGGAAUGCUUAAUAAAUCAUAUAGCUAGAAGACUUAGCCCUCAAAAAGUUAAAGUUAGAGCUGACAUUGAAGUUACUUGCUACACUUAUGAAGGCGUUGAAGCCGUUAAGGCAGCUUUACAUGCUGGCCUCGAGAAGAGCACUACAGAAGUACCUAUAAAGAUUAAUUUGAUCGCUCCACCGUUAUAUGUGGUAUCAGCUCAAACGAUGGAUAAAACCGAAGGCGUAAAAAUAGUUGAAGACGCUAUUAAAGCUAUCGAGUUAGCAAUUAAACAAAAGGAAGGGCAAUUUAAUGUUCAAAUGGCGCCUAAAGUGGUCACUGAAACUGAUGACGCAGAACUGGUCAAACAGAUGGAACAAUUUGAAAGGGAGAAUCUACAAAUCGAUGGCGAUGAUAGCCCAGAUGAGGACUAA